AUGCUUAAAUAGCAACCAUAAUCAGCAAAGAGUGGAAACGCUAUCAAACAAAAAAAAGAAACAUUAGAAAGAUUUGCUUACUGCAAUAGUUAAUAAUUGUUCUAAAAUAAUAUAUUUGAUCUGAGAUAAUUUAUAAAAUAGAAUUAUGAAAAAUAUUGUGAAUUAUUGGACAGGGUUGAAUAUGCUAAACUUAUUGUGAAAUAGAAAAAAGAGAAUUUAGAAUUACUGAAGAGCAAAUCUGAGAACAAAACAAAUAAACCAAGAGUCAAUCUUUGUGUAUUAGAUGAACUAUCGCAAAUAAAAAGAUAGAUAGAAGUUUAAACAGUCUGCCAACAACGGAAUUGA